UGGGGCGAUCAACAAACACGUGGCCUUGGUUGACUAAGACUUCCUUUAUCAGUGGCAAUCCACUAACAAUUAUUGUGGGAGUACCCAGCAGCUUCAUGGAGAAAAUAUUUCCAUAUUUCCUGACAUACUGAAAAAAGGAUGACAGUUCAGAAGGGAUCUCAAUGGCCAUCUGAUCCGAGCCAUACAGAAAAAAUUACUCCACAAUGACUCGUCCCAGAAAUUAUGAGCAUCUGAGUUUCUCAAAGUCCCAAAGGAGGUAAAUGUCAGAAGGAGGGGAACCCAGGCCCCCAAGGCUCUAAACCAGAUUGUUUUCCUAUCUUUAGAGGCUGCUUCCUGGUAAAGCCUGAGCAGGGAUGAUCACAUGCCGGCUUGUGGCCCCCCAGUUCCUCUGCCACCUCACAGCUGGUGGAUUCUUGCCCUCCCCUCACACUCCUUACCUCCUGGAUGCUGAUAUGGGGAUUUUUGGAGUCUAUCUGGAAGACGUUGCCAAAUAUGGGCAGUUGAAGAGGCCCCCGGGGGGGGGUAGUUGGGGUGCUGCCUCCUCCUCCUCUGCAUAUAACUGGUCAGGAUCAGGAGAAUGGCAGAGAAGAGGAGGAGGGUCUGCAGUGAAGGGAGUAUGUUUCCUAGAGGGAGCUGCAUCCUCCUCCAGCUCCAGCACCAAGGCUAGCCCAGCCAAGAUAGUUCUACAUCAGCAGCAGGAGCAGCAGCAGUGAGGCCAACAGAAACAAGAGUUCAAGUGAGAGACAACCCUGGAGCUGUGUUUGUUCCUUGGAUUUGCUAAAAGAGGGUUUUUUUUUUUUUUUGAGACUGCCAGUGAGAGCUCCAGGAAGUGUGAGCUUUAUUAUAUUCCUAUGAGUGUAAUUUUAGGUUUGAUUUGUUUAAUAUCAUAGAAACUAGGAAGAAUUAUUUUAGCGACCUAGAAAAAAUGAUAAAAUUAAUCUGGAAGAAAUGAAGAUCAAUACCAUCAAAAGGUUAAAAAAAUUGAGCAUUUAUCAUUUUCCAGUUUUUUGACUCUAAAUUCACUUGUGUACAAAGUGUUUUGCAAUUAUGUUCCUAUAAUUUCCAUGUGUCUUGGCAAGUAGCCUCUAAGUUGUGUUAUAUUGUUUAGAAGGAAUUUAAAUGAAAUUUCUCUUUCUGUUUUUGUUACUAGACUUUGUUGGUAUUCUAUAAAAUUUUUAUGAUUUCUGGGUUUAUUUUGUAUCCCAAAAUUCUGCUAAAUGUAAUAAUUUUUCCAAUAAUUUAUCUGAUUCUCUAGGAUUCUCUAAGUACAAAAUCAUAUCUGUCUGAAGAGUGAUAGCUUGAUUUCCUCAUUGCCUAUUUUAAUUCUUUCAAUUUUUUUUCUUCUUAUUGCUAAAGCUAGCAUUUAUAGAACAAUUUUAAACAAUGAGUAUUGUUGUUUCAUCACUGAUCUUAUUGGAAAAGCUUCUUGUUUAUCUUCAAUGCAGAUACUAUUUGCUGCUGGUUUUUUAAAAAAAAUUAAAUUAACUAACUAAUAAUAUUUUUCCAUGGAUACAUAAUUCCUGUUCUCUCCCUCCCUUCUUCUCUAUUCCUCCCCCAGACUUGACAAGAAAUUCCAUUGGGUUUUACAUAUAUCAUUGUUCAAAUCCUUUUUCUAUAUUUUUCAUAUUUGUAUGAGUGUUGUUUUAAAACUAAAAUCCGAAAUCAUAUUGGGUGAUAUGUUUUGACAAAAGCUUUUUCUACAUCUAUUAAAAUAAUCAUUUGAUUUCAAUUAGUUGUUUUACUGACAUGAUCAAAUAUGCUGAUAUUUUCUCUAAUAUUGGUCGAACAAUGUAUCCUUAGUAUAAAUCCUACCUGCUCAUAUUGAAGGAUCUUUGUGAUAUAUUGCUGUAGUCUCCUUUCUAGCAUUUUAUUGAAAAUUUUUAGAUCAAUAUUCUUUAUGUAAAUUGGUUUGUAAUAUUCUUUUAUCUCUUUUUGGUUUUCCUGGCUUAGGUAUCAGCAUCCUUUUUGUUUCAUAAAGUCAAUUUGGUAGGACCCAUUCUUUGCCUAUUUUUCUUAAUACUUUAUUUAGUAUUAGAAUUAGUUGUUCUUUACAUGUUUGGUAGAAACCUUUUUGGUGCUGGGAAUUUUUUUCUAAGUCAGUUCAUUGAUGGUUUGUUUAAUUUAUUUUUCUAAGAUGAGAUUAUUUAAGUCUUCUAUUUCUGCUUUGAUUAAUCGGGGCAUUUGCUAUUUGUGCAAAUAUUCAUUCAUUUCACUUAGACUGGCAGAUAUAUUGGAAUAUAAUUGGGCAAAAUAAGUCCUAGUUAUUGAUUUAACUUUCUCUUCAUAGACAGUGAAUUCACACAUUUCAUUUUUGAUACCAAUAACUUUAUUUGGCUUUCCUUUUUUAAAUGAAAUCAACAAAUGCCCUAUUUUCUUCAUUUACAAAAAAUAAAUCAAAUUCCUCACCUUCUUUAUUAGUUCAAACAUUUUCUUACCUUUAGUUUUAUUAGUUUCUCUCUUGACUUUCAGUAUUUCACAUUUAGUUUUUAUUUGCAGAUAAUUUGUGCUUUUCCUAAUUUUUUUAGCUGUAAAUCCAAUUGAUUUAUCUGAUUUUUCUCUAUUUCGUUGAUGUAAGGCUUUAGAGAUAUGAAAUUGUCCCCAAGUAUUACCGUGGUUUAAAUUCACCAUUUUUUUAUAAUGACUCAUUGUUGUCUUUCACUUUAAUGAAAUUAUUUACUCAUCACUAUCAUUUGUUUUUUGACCCACCCCUUUAAUAAUAUUAGAAUAUUUAGCUAUUGAUUAAUUUUCACUUUGGCAUUAAUGGCCUCUCUCAGUUUUAAUUUUUAUUGUAUUAUGAUCUGAAAAGGAUACAUUAAUUAUUUCUGAUUUUCUACAUUUUGUGGAAAGGUUUUAUGCCCUAACAUAUGGUCAGUUUUUGUCUACAUGCCACAUAGUGUUAAGAUGAAUGUACAUUCCUUUUGAUUCGCAUUCAGUUUUCUCAAGACUUCUGUUAAAUAUAAAUUGUUAAAAAACACUUUUCACCUUAUUAAAUUAUUUCUGAUUUUAGUUAAAUGUAUUUAUUUAGGAGAGUGGAACUUUGAGGGUUCCUACUAGUAUAGUUUUAUUUCCUAUUUUGUCCUAUAUUUUGUUUAAUUUAUUCUUUAAUUUUUUGAAAACUAUUCCUUUUGGAACAUAGAUGUUUAGUUUUCUCAUUAUGUCAUUGCCUACAGUAGUUUUUAUCAAGAUGUAAUUUCCUUCUUUAUCUCUUUUAAUUUGAUCUUUUUCUGAGAUCAUUAUUACUACUACUAUAUAUUGCCAUUUCCCCCCCUUUUUUAAAACCCUUAUCUUCUAUUUUAGAAUCAAUACUGGAUACUGAUUUUGAGGCAGAAGAAUGGUAAGAUCAGUUAAGAGGGGUUAAGUGACUUGCCUAGGGUCACACAGCUAGUAAGUGUCAGAGGCCAGAUUUGGACUCAGGAACUCCCAUUUCUGGGCCUGGUUCUCAUUCUAUUGAGUUGACUUUUGGUCCUUUACUACAUAUUUCUUUAGCUGAAGCACAACAAAUUCUGCUCCAGCCCCUUAUCUUUACUGUGCUUUUGUCAUCUUCCUUCACAUGUGUUUAUUGUAAACAAUAUUUCAUAGGAUUCUGAUUUUAAUCUACUCUCUUGCCUGCUUCUUUAGUUUUUUUUUUUUGGGGGGGGUGGGUGAGUUCAUUGCAUUCACAUCCACAGUUUUGAAUACCAACUGUGUAUUUUCCUCCAUCUUAUUUUCCCUUUUUAUCCUGCUCUCUCCCUUUACUCUGUCUCUCCUCACAUAUUUUUUUUCUUUUAAGCACUGCCUUUCCCACUUCACCCUCCCUUCUAUCCUCUCCCACACAUAACUUUUCUUAUUCCUUCCUUACUUCUCUAAAGGAUAUGUUUCUAUCCAGAACUGAAUAUGGUUGCUAUUCUCUCUAAUUCAAAUCUGAUGAUAGCAAGGUUUAAACACUGCCUUUCACCAACCUAAUCCUCCUCUCCACUAAAAUAGAUUUUUCACACCUCCUUAGGUAAGAUAAUUUAUCCCAUUCUACCUCUUCCUUCCCACUUCUCUCAGUAUAAUACUCUAUAUUACUUCUCAAAUUUUUGUUUUAGAUAUCAUAUUAUCCUAGUGAUUUUACUCCUACAUCCUCCAUUGUUGUAUACUCCUUCUGAUUGCCCAAAUAGUGAUUUUAAAAAAGUUAGGAGUUAUGAGUAUUAUAUCCCAUAGAGAAUUUUUUUAAAAAUUCACUUAUUUGAAUCCCCUAAGUUUUUCAAUUUCUUGUGUAUCUUUCUAUGCUUCUCUUCAAUAAUGAGAUUUAUUUACCUGUAGUCCUUUUAUCAGGAAUGCUUCAAAAUCUUCUGUUUAAUUAAAUGACCAUCCCACCCCCUAAUAGAACAUACUCAGUUUUUUCUCUUUUUUUUCCAUUUGAAUAAGUUUAUUUAGUCAAUUUAGAACAUUAUUCCUUGGUUACAAUAGUCACAUUAUUUCCCUCUUUCCCCUCCACCCAUUUUUCUCCCAGCCAACACGCAAUUCCAUUGGGUAUUACAUGUGUUCUUGAUCAGAACCCAUUUCCAUGUUGCUGUUUACACUAGGAUGUUCAUUUUGAGUCUACAUUCCCAACCAAAUCCAUUCGACCCAUGUAUUCAAGCAGUUGGUUUUUUUUCAGGGUUUUUAGUCCCACAGUGUUUCCUCUUGUGGUGGAUAGUGGUUUUUCUCAUAGGUUCCUCCGAGUUGUUCAGGGUCUUUGCAUUGUCACUAAUGGAGAAGUCCAUUACAUUUUAUUGUACCACAGUGUAUCAGUCUCCGGUUUACAGUAUACAGUGUUUUUCUGGUUCUGCUCUUCCCACUCUGCAUCAAUUCCUGCUUGGGCUGCAUCCCAUAAGGUUUAAAAGGAUGUCUCACAUUGUCAUUUUCUUCAAUGAAAUUAUUAAUUGUAUCUAUGAUUUGUUCUCUAACCAAUUUUGGAGUAUAAUAUUAUUUAAUUCCCAAUUAAUUUUUGAUUUGGCUCUCCAUGUACCCUUACUGAUCAUUAUUUUUCUUGACUUAUGAUCUGAAAAUGUUGCAUUUAUUAUUUUUGCUUUUCUGCAUUUGUAUGCCAUGUUUUUAUGACAUAAUGUAUGGUCAAUCUUUGUGGAAGUGCCAUGUGCUGCUGAAAAGAAGAUGUAUCCCUAUUUAUUUUUCUCUAAUUUUUCUAAGAAUUCAUUCACCUCUUUCUUAUUUAUUUUUUGAUUUGAUUUAUCUAAAUUUGAUAGUGGUUGGUUCAGGUCUCCCACUAAUAUUGUUUUACCUCCUUCAAUUCUCUUAGUUUCUCCAUUAGAAUUUUGGUGCUAUUCCAUUUGGUGCAUACAUGUUGAUUAGUGAUAUUUCCUCAUUGUCUAUAAUCCCUUUUAUCAGGAUGUAUUUACCUUCCCUAUCCCUUUUAAUCAGGUUGAUUUUUGCUUUCGCUUUGUCAUAUAUCAUGAUUGCAACUCCUGCCUUCUUUCUAUCAAUUGAAGCCCAAUAGGCCUUACUCGAACCUUUAAUUCUGACCUUGUGAGUAUCUACCCACUUCAUGUGUGUUUCUUGAAGACAACAUAUGGUCAGGUUUUGGAUCCUACUCCACUCUGCUAUUUGUCUGCAUUUUAUGUGUGGGUUCAUUCCAUUCAUGUUCAAAGUUAUGAUUGUCAUUUGUGAAUUCCCUGGCCUUUUGAUAUCCUCCCCUAAUUCUGAACUUUCUUCUUUUGCUAUAACCUUUUAAACUAGUGAUUUACUUUAAAUUAAUCCCUCUAGUCCCCUCCCUUGAUAUGCUUCCUUUUCUAGUCCCUCCCUUUUUGUUCCCUUCUUGUUUGUUUUUUUCUUUAGGGUCUGUUAAUUUCCCUUCCCCCUCUCCUUCCCUCUCUUUUUAUACUCCCUCCUGCUUUCCCUCCCUUAAUUUUCCCUACUCCCUUACCCUGUUGGAUAAGAUAGAAUUUAAGAUCCCAAUGGAUCUAGAUGCUCAUUCCUCUCAGAGUUGAUUUCAUUGAGAGUAAAGUUUAAGUAAUACCAAUUAGCACUUUCUUCCACUACUUCUUUUUUUUAACAUUAUUUUAUUUGGUCAUUUCCAAACAUUAUUCACUGGAAACAAAGAUCAUUUUCUUUUCCUCCCCACCCCCCCUCCCACCACCUUUCCCUCUCCCAUAGCCGAUGCACGAUUCCACUGGUUAUCACGUGUGUUCCUGUUUCUGACCCAUUUCCAUGUUGUUGGUAUUUGCAUUAGAGUGUUCAUUUAGAGUCUCUCCUCAGUCCUAUCACCUCCACCCCUGUAGUCAGGCAGUUGCUUUUCCUCGUUGUUUUUACUCCCACAGUUUAUCCUCUGCUUGUGGAUAGUAUUUUUUAGAUCCCUGCAGAUUGUUCAGGGACAUUGCAUUGACACUAAGGGAGAAGUCCAUUACCUUCUACUGUACCACAGUGUAUCAUUCUUUGUGUUUAAUGAUUUCCUGGUUCUGCUCCUUUCACUCUGAAUCACUUCCUGGAGGUUGUUCCCGACUCCAUGGAAUUCCUCCACUUUAUUAUUCCUUUUAGCACAGUAGUAUUCCAUCAACAACAGAUACCAUAAUUUGUUCAUCCAUUCCCCAAUUGAAGGGCAUCCCCUCAUUUUCCAAUUUUUGGCCACCACAAAGAGUGCAGCUAUGAAUAUUCUUGUACAAGUCUUUUUCCUUAUUAUCUCUUUGGGGUACAAACCCAGCAGUGCUAUAGCUGGAUCAAAGGGCAGACAGUCUUUUAUCAUUCUUUGGGCAUAGUUCCAAAUUGCCCUCCAGAAUGGUAGGAUCAAUUCACAAUUCCACCAGGAAUGAAUUAGUGUCCCUACUUUGCCACAUCCCCUCCUGUAGCAGUCCAGCCCAUAGGUAUUAUGGAGAGACAAGGAUUGUGAGUGAGCACAUGGCCAUCCUGCGCAUGGCAAUGAGCUCUAUUGCCAGCAUGGCUGAAGUUUAGGCGCGAAACCUUGCUUUCCUUUGUCUCACUCACCGGAGGAUAAUAACCCCACCUUCACCUUGUCAUAAGUUGCAAUUAUCCAAUGGCAAUACGCCAGGUAACUCAUCCAUAUGUAUUGAGGUAUCAUGUAACUGAUCAAUAUGUAUUGAGCUCAUUUGUAUAUCAAAGAGAAUAAAUUUGGGAGACACAGCCAGCCCGCCCACUGGGAGGACACCGACAGGUUUGCAAAGGAGCAACUUCUCCCCUUUCUCUCUCCUCUCUAUCUUUCUCCCUGAGGCCUAAUCUUUAGGCCAGGCCUUCCUUCCUUCCUCUCUCUCUUUCUUCUAAUGCUAAUACCUAGCAUUAUCUCCCUCCUUUAGUUUCUGAUCUCCUUUCCUACUGACCAGUGCAGUGUUAAAUUGAGACCAUUGGGUGGUAUAGCCUGAAUUAGUAACCACCAGUGGUCGGAGCAGGCUGUGGCUCACAAAAAAUAUAAUUGAUUGCUGACUCGAUUAUUUACAACUCUAAAGUCGGCUCGUUCACGCCCUUUGCGGGAUCUAAAACUUCUAUCCUGUUUCUAUCUUCUCUCCUUGCAACCUCUCCUGGGCCGGGAGGUUGUAUCUGACGCCCAAUGUGCCAAGUCUCGAACCUGGUACUUUCUUGUGGCAUUCUAUCCUUGUUUCUCACAGCAGUUGGGAGGGCUAGCCCCAAGACGCGAAGGAUUUCUCAGGCUAGGCGGAACAGAGUGAGAGGAUGAUCCCUUCAGGUCUGGCCAACAGAAAGUGAGUCGUUCUCAGAGAUGGGCUUGACCAUUUCCUCCCAAGAAGGUUACAUACGACUCCUCAUGUCGUUAAUUGAACAGGGAGGUUGGAAGGUCUCCAAAGCUCAGAUCAAAGCCUUGCUAAAGGUAAUUCAAAAGGCUUUCCCAGGAUUUCCAUCUAUGGGGACGCUAGAGGUGGCGCAAUGGGACUGAAUCGGUCAAGCUUGAAAGACUAUCAAAAGGAAGGUAACAGAGUCAGGAAAACGGUAUUUGACACCUGGUCAAUUAUCAGAACUAUUCUAGAGGAUCUGGCUAUUCAAAUCUCUAAUGCAGGGGAGAAGGAAACUCCACAGACUCAGGAAUUAAAAAAGCAGGAUCUCAAACCCACUGCUCCUGAGGCAACUGAUGGGGGAGGGGAAGGAGAGUGUUCAGGGUGGUCUAGGGAUCCUCCGGAGGCCCCAGGCUAUACUUCUAAGGGGAGUGAAACAAAAGAAUCAUUUGCAACUCCAAAGCUAUAUCCCUCUUUAGACACUCAGGCUCCUCCCCAUUCCCCUCCUCCCCCAGACUACAGAUUGGCUUCACGAGCCUCUCUCGUGGCCACCCCGCCCCCACCGUGCUCGCCUGAGGUUUCUAAACCUGAUUCACUCAGGAAUGAGCCAAUCUCGCCUACUCAAAAAGGCCAGGAGGACAUUUAUGCUUUCCCAGUCAGGUAUAUAGAGGCCCCUGAGGAGGCCAACAGACACAUUGCUCAGCAUAAGCCCACAGACUGUAAGGUCUUGAAAAUGCUCAGAAGCAGCGCAUUGAGAGACGGGGCAAUCGCUCCAUUCACAUUAGCGCUCCUCAGCAAUCUGACCCAGCAGACACUCACCCCGGGUGACUGGCACCUGGCAGCCGAGGCCGCCCUCAGCGGAGGUGACUAUUGGACCUGGAAACUGAAAUUCCAUGACCUAUGUUCCCUACAGGCCCCCGAGAACAGGCAGAUAGGAAUCAACGUGCCCUUUGAACAAUUGGUGGGGCCAGGAGAAUUUGAACCAAUUGCCAGGCAAAUGACAGCGACAGAGCAGGUUUUUAGCCAGAUAGCCAGCGCUGCCACUAAGGCAUGGAGAGCCCUACCCGGGAAGGAUUCAGAGAGCCUGUACACAGAGAUCAUCCAGAAGCAGAACGAAUCUUUUGCUGACUUUGUGGAUAGGCUCAGGACAGAAGUCCGCAGACAUAUCCCUCACGAAGAUGCAGCUAAGGUUCUCAUUAGGGACCUUGCUUUGUUAAAUGCUAAUGAGCAGGCCAGAAGAGUCUUAGCUCCCAUUAAAGCUACCCUGACAGGUUUUUUAAGAGCGUGUCAAGACAUAGGCAUGGGGGAGACACGAAGCAGCCGAGAAUGCCUAAAGGGCAAUGCCAUGCGUGCGGCAGGAGAGGCCACUAUCGCAGAGCAUGUCCAAAUAAAAGAACAGGAAAGGCCCCGGAUAUCUGCCCCAAAUGUGGAAAGGGCAGGCAUUGGGCUUCCGAGUGCAGAGCUGGCAAUAGGCGACGUCUUCCCAACACAGGGCCUAACACCCAGUUAAACUAGACUUCGGGCCAGCCUUGAGCCCAGGAGUAAAUCAGGGCACAACCCUGAGGUGUUCUUUUCGAUUCCCUACAAUGGCAGCCGAAAGCCUAGUAUUAAAGGAGAACUCAGAGCCUACUUGGAUUCCAGCUAGCUUUCCUUUUCCAGUACCUCAAGGUGCUAAAGGGUUAAUACUAGGCAACCCUGACCUCAUUUAGGUUUAGAAAUCUUUCCCACAUUGUUUCGGGACAAGGAGACCAACGGGCUCCAAGUCCUGGCUGCUGCAGAGCCAGCAUUUCGCAUUUCAAAGGACACUAAUCUAGCUUACCUGACCAUAUUCCCUGAGGCUGAUUUCUCUCUAAAGAGCAAGCUUCAAAAAAGCAGCUCUGACCCCACAGCUCUCUAUUGUUUUGGUCUCAAAAAGUGACUCAGGAUAGGAUGGGAAUGUCUUUGUGUGUAGAAGACAGGGUUAUCUCAGGCAUCCUGGACUCUGGAGCAGACAUCUCGGUGAUCUCUGCUGCAGAUUGGCCGGAAUCAUGGGAAGUCAUUGAACCUCACCAGAAGUUAAUGGGCAUAGGUACGCCUGAGCACAUUCUCCAAUCAGCUACUACUUUAUCGUGGUCUGAAAGUGAAGGACCUAGAGGUAUAUUUACACCUUAUGUGCUAGAUAUUGCCCAAUCUCUUUGGGGCAGGGAGGUCAUGUCCGCGAUGAACAUAACAUUGACCACAUCGGACAAAAUGCACUCAGAAUUUGUGGGUGCAGCACGCGUCGCCCUGCUAUUCGCUGACCCUAUCACAUGGUUAAAUUCCAAACCCAUUUGGAUUAACCAAUGGCCGAUAUCUAAGGAGAAAUUAGUCCAUUUAGAGGCCAUCAUACAGGAACAAUUAAGCUUAGGUCACAUACGAGAAUCAAACAGUCCCUGGAACACCCCGAUUUUUCUGGUGCCAAAGAAGGCAGGGAAGUGGAGGCCAGUCCAUGAUCUUAGGAAGAUCAAUGAGCAGCUAGUGGACAUGGGGACAAGGCAACCGGGAUUACCUUCCCCGGGUCCGAUUCCCAUAAACUGGAAGCUGAUAGUUAUAGAUUUGAAGGAUUGUUUUUUCAAUAUCCGCCUGUCCCCCCAAGACUGUCACAGAUGCGCAUUCUCUGUACCCUCCAUCAAUUAAAAUACUCCUUUCAAAAGAUUCGAAUGGCUCUGUUUGCCCCAGGGCUUGUGUGUAAGCAGCUGUUUAUGCCAGAAAUAUGUAGCUUAUGCCCUAGAAAAGGUUAGGCGUAAACACGCGAAAUAUCACAUAAUCCAAUAUGUGGAUGACAUUCUGUUAGCGGCGCCAUCUAGUGGCGAGGUGGAGAUAUUGCUCGCAGACGCCACCAAAGCUUUAAGGGCUGCAAAUCUGGUGAUCUCUAAGGAAAAGAUUCAAACCACGCCCCCUUACAAGUACCUAGGAACGCUAGUGUAUGAUCAAGAGAUCUGACCACAGAAAAUGGAGAUUCGUAGAGAUUCCCUGAAUACGUUGAACGAUUUCCAGAAAUUGUUAGGUGAUAUUAAUGGGCUCAGACCUUUCCUCAAAAUCUCUACAGGACAGUUAGAAAACCUCUAUGCCACUUUGAAGGGAGACGCUGCUUUGUCUUCCCCUAGAACACUUUCUCCCAAAGUGGAGGAGGAGUUAAAGGUAGUGGAAGAAGCGGUGUCAAAAGCCAGAUUGUAUAGAAUUGAUCCAUCAUUACCCUUAAUAGCAUCUGUUCUAUAGACGAGGUACACUCCCACAGGUGCUUUGCAUCAGGGUCAGCACAUCAUGGAAUGGAUUCACUUAGCCAAUCAGCAAACUAAAUCCCUCACUAGCUAUCUAGAACUUAUCAUUUUACUGAGAACUCAGAUCAGAAAAAGGGCAAGACAGUUAACUGGCAUAGAUCCUAGUACGAUUCAUGUUCCCAUAACAAGAGAGCAAGUUCAGAAUUUAUUUGCACAGUCUUUGCCAUGGCAAGUUGCUUUUGCAGACUAUACAGGACAGAUUGAUAAUCACAUUCCUGCUAAUAAGAUGCUGCAGUUUGUAAAAUUGACUCCUAUUAUUUUUCCAAGAAUGACAUACAUGCAUCCUCUUGUAGAUGCUGUGAAUGUUUUGACAGAUGCACCGAAGCAUGGGCGAGCAGGAGCUGUAGUCCAGGAUAGCACAAUGUUAUUAGACACUACUUAUGGCUCUCCACAAAAGGCUGAAUUAGCUGAAGUUCGCAGUGUACUAAGGGAUGUAGUACAAGCUUGUAAUAUAAUCUGUGAUUCCUUAUAUGUGGUUAAUUUGGUUAAUUCGCUGGAAACAGCAAAGAUUAAACCUGUACCUGAUGAAGAGUUAUAUCUCUUGUUCAGUACCACCCAGAUGGUGAUAUGGCAAAGGCAGAACAAAUUUUUUAUAACACAUAUUCGUUCACAUACUAACCUCCCUGGUCCUCUCUCGGAGGGAAACGCUAAGGUGGAUACCUUAGUGACAUCUGCUUUUCAAGAUGCAGUUAGAUCACAUUCUUUAUUGCACCAAAAUGCGAAAUCUCUCAAAUGCCAAUUUGACAUGACUAAAAGACGGGCACAGGAGAUAAUCCAGCCAUGCAGCUUGUGUGCCCAGUUCUCCUCUACACCUCUUCCCCCAGGAGCUAAUCCCCGAGGACUCAAAGCGAACCAGCUUUGGCAGAUGGAUGUGACUCAAUAUGCUCCUUUUGGAAGGUGGAAGUAUGUGCAUGUGGCAAUUGACACAUACUCAAGGGUCAUAUGGGCCACGGCACAAAUGGGAGAGAAAGUUUCUCAUGUCAUUGCACACUUGCUGGAAGCAUUUGCUCAUUUGGGCAUUCCAAAUCAGAUAAAAACUGACAAUGGUACUGCAUAUACCAGCAAAAGAUUUGCAGAAUUUUGCAAAUUGUGGAAUAUAAUCCAUAAAACUGGCAUUCCAGGUAACCCACGGGUCAAGCAAUAGUGGAGAGAGCUAACAGGAUUCUCAAGAACCAGAUACAAAAACAAAAAGGAGAGUACCUGACAAUCUAUGAGGGUGAUAUCUCCAAACCCAAACCUAUUAUUCCUAACAAAUUGUUAAGGAUGGUACUUUUAAUUCUCAAUCAUUUCUCCAUCCCAGAAAGGCUGAAUGCUACACCUAUGCAGACGCAUUUUGAGUGUCAUGAUACAAUGGACACGGUGCAGCAGCCCUGGGUUUUUUGGAGAUUGCCAGGAGACAAAGAUUACAGAGGUCCGAACAGACUAAUAACAAUGGGUCGAGGAUAUGCUUGUGUUUCCACAGAUAAUGGAGAGAUCUGGACUCCCAGUAAGCACCUCAAACCGUGGAAGGGACCGCUUCCAGAUGCACGGGGAGCAGAGCAGCAGGCUCACCAGUCUAGCACCGCACCGGCUGCCUGAGACCAGGACGAGAAGCAGACGAGCAUCGCUGCUGUCUCCAGUCAGCUACCUGAUGGUCAAGCGCAGGGCACUGGGAUCGAAGGCAACACUGGUGAAUGCACGCACUCUGAACACUGACAUUACAUUUACUCUGAUGACAUUCACUAUUUUGACUUUGCUGAACAUCUGUCAUGCUGACGUCUACUGGUCAAUCGUGCCCAAGCCUCCUAUUUUGAGAAUGUUAACUUGGAUGGACAAGCCCCCUCUGGUAGAUGUUAACAACACAGACUGGCUACCACACCCUAUUCUAGCCAAACGUGUUCCUCUGGAAUCUGAAGGGGCUCUGUACAAUUAUUCAGGAUCUACUGUGUAUCCUCCAUUCUGUAUAUCCUUUAGAAAUUUGUUUAUUGGUCAUUCUUUCUGUGUACCACGCAGACAUCAAGCGUGGAUUGUCAAAAAUGCCACUGACAACAGUUAUGUAGGGGUUGGCAUGAGUGUGAUAGGAAUGGGGGAUGAGUCUCCACGUAAUGCGUUUAAAUCUAAACACCCUGCUAACAAGUACCUAUGUCGAAAUCAGAUAGGUACGGUACAAAAGGACAUACCAUGGACAGAGUGUUCUGUCCGAGUUCCCAGAAAGGUUAAGAUGCCAGCGACCACAGAUUUUAAUGUUUACAAUUGGGCACACAGGUUACGUUGUGGUCGCUCUGAACAACUGAUACGGGUAGACAAAUACACUGACUAUGAGAAAUGGCACCUGCCAUGUCAGGAUUUUCAGAAAAUGGAGGACUUACUAGAAGUGGACAUGGCUGGUUCUAGACUUGCUAUUGAAGCAGGUCCCAUACAGAACACUCAGUGGAAGAUAGCGGCUGCCACGCAGCCAAUAUACACCUUUAAGGUCAAGGUGAAAAACUCAGGACCUGAUUUUGAGUAUGACAGUCACGUUCAUGUCACUGCGUGUGUUUUUGCUCCUUAUGUAAUGCUAGUGGGUAACAGCCUUCGAAUUUCUAAGAAUGAGCGAGGUCUAUAUGAGAUCAACUGCACAAGAUGCCGCCUACAUCAAUGCCUUAGUCCUAAACACCAAGAUUCAUAUGUUGCCAUUAUGUAUCAUCCGCCUUUAAUGUGGGUACCUGUCAACUUGACAGAGACGUGGGCAUCUACGCCUACUGUACACAUUGUUCAAAAGGCAUUUAACAUGGUUAUACACAGGUCCAAGAGAAUGGUCUUGGCAGUUGUAGGAGCCGUAGUCUCAGUAAUUGCCAUGAUCAAAUCACUAACCACGGCAACAUUGGCAUUAACUUCCUCUAUCCAGAAUCAUGAGUUCAUACAGGAAGUGGUGUCUAACUCUUCCAAAUGAUGGCACACUCAGCAGAGUAUUGACUUAGCUUUUAGAGAUGAGCUGGACAGUCUAAAAGAUGCUGUGUUUUGGUUAGGUAAAGAGGUUGAAGCUUUACACACAAGAAUUACUUAUCCCUGUCAUUACAAUCAAACGGGUUAUUGUAGUACUCCGUUGCCAUAUGAUAAUGUGUCAUAUGAAUGGCAACUGGUCGUUCAGCACAUCAAGGGUACUUGGGGAAGUCAUAACAGCACCUUGGACAUUAUUAAGUUGCAACAGCAGAUCAACAGAUUAGACCAAAUUGUAUAUGAGAAUGAAGCUGCAAACAUAGCUGCAAAUUGGGAAGCAACUUUAUCUUCCCUGGAUCCCCAAAAUUGGUUUGGUAGAGCUAACUUAACCAGCAUUGGUACUAUCAUUUUGUUCAUAUUAUUGGCUAUUGGUUUGAUUAUACUUUGCAGCAGAAGCUGCAAAAACAGAGCCUACAUUCAAGGCAUACUGCCAGAAUUGGCACGGUCUUAUCACACUCGGCAAUUGGUGCCUGAAAAUGUUGAAUUGAACACGACCGAUCUGUGAAAGACCAGCGUAUCAUGAUAUUUUGCAUUCCAAUCUUUGCUAUAUACUGAGAAUGUGAAGGCAUGUUUUCUGUGUCACAUGUCUGUCCCUCCUGAAUUGUUCAGAGAGGAUGUUUUUCUUUAAAGGGAUCUUUCCCAACACACAAACAAAAAGAAAAGGGAGAGGAAUCUUACAGAGAUCAGUAUUUUACUCUAAGAUCAGUAUUUAUAUUUUUAGAGGACACUUUUUAAAGUCACUUUUGAUUAAUCAAACUUUAUUUUUUCUUUUACACUAUUAAUGCCAGAACUUUGAGUACAAAGAAGGUACUGUUAAUGCUCUGAUCCAGAAUUAUGAAGGUGCAAAGAUUUCUAGAAUUACAGUCACCUUACAGUCGGUAAACAUGAGAACAUGACAGCAAUUGUUAAUUUUCAGUUGACCAUUCUGGAGAGUGAUGUCUGAUUGCAUGCAACGGGAAUCAUAAUGAAUCUUUCAUUAUGGACCAGACAGCCUCAGCCACGAUUAUACACUUUCCAUAUGAAAUGGAGGUUUGAGGUUGGGGAAUGCAGAGACAUAGCGCACUGACGCCCUCAGUCGCUGGAUGGCCUGGCAUCAUCCUACCAACCAGUUUCUUAGGUGGCGGGCAUCUGGCAGUGAGCACGAAUAGAUCCCAAAGACGCAGAAUCAGUUCAAGAGAAGGAAAGCAUUUAUCCUUCAGGUCCAGAGGAGGUCAGUUUGCUAAUCAUGAUGAGAUCUGACAGCUUCUCAUGGUUCUGAAUGGUGAAGAGUGACGUGGUUAACUGAAGCAUCUAUCUUGUCAGCCAGAGAACUUCUACCUCAUGAAACCAGGAUCAGUGUUAUGGAAAUUAUUUCUCUUUUUGACAUUUUUAUAUCUUAUAUAGUUAUUUUGUUAAGCAGAGAGAUAGAAAGAAAGUUCACACUUGAUUUUUAUAUUUGAGUUUUAUAAUCUGGUUUGGUUUUCUCACUUUGAAUCGUUGUGAUUGUGUACCAGUGUGUUUAUACUUAACGUGUGUUGGGUUACAUUUUGAUAUUACACUAUUCAUUUCUGUGUAAAACAAAAAGGGGGAGAUGUAGCAGUCCAGCCCAUAGGUAUUAUGGAGAGACAAGGAUUGUGAGUGAGCACAUGGCCAUCCUGCGCAUGGCAAUGAGCUCUAUUUCCAGCAUGGCUGAAGUUUAGGCACGAAACCUUGCUUUCCUUUGUCUCACUCGCCCGAGGAUAAUAACCCCACCUUCACCUGGUCAUAAGUUGCAAUUAUCCAAUGGCAAUACGCCAGGUAACUCAUCCAUAUGUAUUGAAGUAUCAUGUAACUGAUCAAUAUGUAUUGAGCUCAUUUGUAUAUCAAAGAGAAUAAAUUUGGGAGACACAGCCAGCCCGCCCACUGGGAGGACACCGAGGUUUGCAAAGGAGCAACUUCUCCCCAUUCUCUCUCCUCUCCAUCUUUCUCCCUGAGGCCUGGUCUUUAGGCCAGGCCUGCCUUCCUUCCUCUCUCUCUUUCUUCUAAUGCUAAUACCUAGCAUUAUCUACCUCCUUUAGUUUCUGAUCUCCUUUCCUACUGAGCUAGCAUUAUCCUCUGACCAGUGCAGUGUUAAAUUGAGACCAUUGGGUGGGAUAGCCUGAAUUAGUAACCACCAGUGGUCGGAGCAGGCUGUGGCUCCCAAAAAAUAUAAUUGA